UAAAUGAGAAUAUUUUCUCUUAAUGAAAAUAUUUUCCCAUAAAUGUUUAUUUCCCAGUUAGGGAUAAGGGACAAGAGUCAAGACCUCCUCAAUUCCUCGUACUCAAGUUGAUCGGUGAAGUGAUGAAAUAUAGGGUCGUGUUUUUCUAACAAAUUUCUAAGAAAAAAGCAAAGGAACUAAAAGUACAGCUUUCUCGUGCCGGCACCGGAGAAUGAUGAUCUGUUGGAGGAUUCUGAACAGGAGGUCUUGGAACUCCUGUCUCCGGUGUAGGCUGUGUCCGUACACCUCUCAAGCUCUGAACCCAGGUCCGGUUGCCUCGUCGGAGCUCGACCCUCCGUUUCGACGGUUCGCCUCUCGGAUUGCCUUCUCUACAUCCGCUUCGACGUCGUUUCGGCCCGCUGAGAAUCGAAUAUUUUUCAAUAUUCCAUAUACUGUGAAGAGAUGUUGGUUUUCAAGUAAUGCUUUGGCGGAUCUUUCGGUGGGUGGGAUAGUUGAUGUGCCAUUAGCUCAAACCGGUGAAGGUAUUGCAGAAUGUGAACUUCUUAAAUGGUUUGUGCAAGAGGGGGAUCAAAUUGAUGAAUUUCAACCAAUUUGUGAAGUUCAAAGUGACAAAGCAACUAUAGAAAUAACAAGUCGUUACAAAGGAAAAGUUGCUCAAAUUCUCUAUGUUCCCGGCAACAUUGUAAAGGUUGGAGAAACACUUUUAAAAAUUGUUGUUGAGGAAGCUCAGGUUCCUACCCUGACUCAUGAUGUUUCAGAAAACCCUGUUCUAACUCAUGAUCGUCUGGAAAAUGCAAAGUCACUUGGCUCAGAGCUAAAGAAAAACAACAUAGGCGGAGUUCUAUCUACACCUGCUGUUCGGAACCUUGCAAUGCAACACGGUGUAGAUAUAAAUGAUGUCCUGGGAAGCGGUAAAGAUGGGAGGGUAUUAAAAGAAGACGUGCUUAAAUAUGCUGUCCAGAAAGGAAUCAUCAAAGAUCCUUCUGCUUCCUUGAUUGCUGAUGUGGGGAGGCAGUUUGUUGACAGAGAAGAGGAUCAACCCCAUUUGUCAUCUGAAGUUAGAGGGGACUACGAGUAUGAAGAUAAGACAGUUCCCCUGAGGGGUUUCCAGCGAACAAUGGUAAAAUCAAUGUCCAUGGCUGCAAAAGUUCCACAUUUUCAUUAUGUGGACGAGAUAAAUUGCAAUGCGUUAUCGAAGCUUAAAACGUCUUUCCAAGAUAAUAAUUCUGAUCCAGAUGUUAAGCACACUUUCCUUCCAUUACUGAUUAAGUCACUUUCAAUGGCCUUGAGCAAGUAUCCCUUUAUGAAUAGUUGCUUCAAUGACUUGUCACUUGAGGUCAUCCUCAAAGGUUCGCACAAUAUUGGAAUUGCCAUGGCUACUCCAUCUGGUCUAGUUGUACCAAACAUAAAGACUGUUCAGUCACUUUCAAUCUUGGAGAUAACAAAGGAACUUUCAAGGUUACAACAAGCUGCAUUGGGUAACAAGCUUAACCCUGAGGAUAUUUGUGGCGGGACGAUAACAUUAAGCAAUAUUGGAGCGAUUGGCGGAAAAUUUGGUUCUCCCCUCCUCAACUUGCCUGAAGUGUCCAUUAUUGCAAUUGGCCGGAUUCAGAAAGUUCCACAAUUUGCAGAUGAUGGCAAUUUGUAUCCUGCAUCAAUAAUGACUAUUAAUAUAGGUGCAGAUCAUAGAGUUUUGGAUGGGGCAACUGUCGCAAGAUUCUGCAAUGAGUGGAAACAAUUUGUUGAAAAACCAGAGCUGCUCAUGUUGCAUAUGAAAUGAUAUGUCAAAGAAACCUCUUUUACUGUGGCAUUAAGAUCUUAAAUUUAUAAUUUUUUGUUAAGAUAUCAAUUAAAUAAUUAAAUUAUAAUUUUUUUA